AUGUCGAUCUCUUCCGGUAGGCCCUCUCUCCCGACCGUGUUCCGCCGUCUGCUAACCGCACUGCCGCCAGCCGCCAUCUGGGCCGCCGCACCCACCACGACUCGCGGCCAGCCGACCCAGCUGUCCUCCGACUCCAAGGGCGAACGCCUUGCCUACGCGUCGGGCAAAUCCAUCUUCGUGCGCUCCAUCGACGACCCCGCCGUCAGCCGCCAGUACACCGAGCACACGGCCCCGACCACCGUCGCCCGUUUCGCUCCCACGGGCUUCUAUGUCGCCAGCGGAGAUGCGUCUGGUGCAGUCAAGGUUUGGGACUGCGUAGGCGAGGGUGCAACAAAGGGCGACUACCACAUCAUUGCCGGCCGCAUCAACGACCUCGCCUGGGACGGCGACUCGCAGCGCAUCAUCGCCGUCGGCGAGGGCAAGGAGCGCUUCGGCCACUGCAUCACCUGGGACAGCGGCAACAGCGUCGGCGAGAUCUCCGGCCACUCGUCCCAGAUCAACUCCGUCUCCAUCAGGCAGCAGCGCCCGCUCCGCGCCGCUACCGGUAGCGAUGACACCAGCAUGGUCUUCUACCACGGCGCUCCCUUCAAGUUCAACACCAGCCAGCGCGGCCAGCACAACCGGUUCGUCUUCGGUACCGCCUUCAGCCCCGACGGCACCCACCUGGCAACCGUGGGCGCCGACAAGCGCAUUUGGCUGUACGACGGCAAGACGGGUGAGGCCAAGACACAGAUUGGCGACGGCGUGCACACUGGGAGCAUCUUCGGCGUGUCCUGGGACAAGGACUCGAAGCGCUUCGUGACGGCCAGCGCCGACCAGACGGUCAGGAUAUGGGAUGCCGAGACCGGAUCAGCCGUGCAGACGUGGCGCAUGGGAGAGGAGGGUGUCGUCAGCAUUGGCGACCAGCAGGUCGGCGUCACCUGGCCCGCCGGCCGCAGCGACGGCACCAUCAUCUCGGUUGACCUGGACGGCAACCUGAACUACCUCGCCGAGGGCAGCGACAAGCCCACGCGCGUCGUCAACGGCCACGCCAAGAACAUCACCUCGGCGACCAUUCAGGACUCGACCUUCUACACCGGCAGCUACGACGGCCGCGUGCGCGCGUGGGACGUCGACACCGGCCUCGCCGAGAACGUCGACGGCGAAAGCCACAGCAACUUCGUCGCCGGCUUCUCGCCGUCGUCCGAGGCAGGCGAGCCGCGCGUGUACAGCGUCGGGUGGGACGACACGCUCCGCACCAUCUCAUCCAACAGCAAGACGUUCGCGGGCUCCAAGACGGAGCUGCACUACCAGCCCAAGGGCGUGGCGACGAGCGGCGACGUCGUGCUCGUGGCCUCGCCGUACUCGGUGUCCAUCUUCAAGGACGGCAAGGAGGCCAGCUCGCGCCCGAUGCCGUACCCGCCGACGUCCAUCGCCGCGUCGGGCAAGCUCGUGGCCGUCGGCGGCGAGGACAACGUCGUGCGCGUGUACGAGCUCGACGGCACGUCGCUGCGCGACAUUGGCGUCGAGCUGAAGAACUCGACGUCGGUCAUCUCCACCCUCGCCUUCUCCCCCAGGGGCUCCUACCUCGCCGUCGGCAACACGGGCGGCAAGAUCCAGGUGUACGACGCCAAGAACGAGUGGGCGCUCGUGACGGACCGCUGGUCGGCCCACACGGCCCGCAUCACGGCCGUCGCGUGGAACGACAGCGAGGAGUACGCGGCGAGCGGGAGCUUGGACACGAACGUGUUUGUCUGGAGUCUGGCGAAUCCGGGGAAGAGGGUAAAGCAUCUCAAUGCGCACAAGGAGGGGGUUAAUGGCGUGGCGUGGGUGGGGGCCGGCGCGGAGAAGGUGCUAAGCACGGGUGGGGAUGCGACGGUCAAGGUGUGGAAGGUUGAGGGGUUGGUCUAA